AUGGUUCUAACGGCUUUGAUUUGGUUCUUGGCUUUUGGCGGCAGCGCUUCACUCAACCUCUGCCCAUUGUCAGCUUGCCCGGCAAAUGGCGCCUGGGGCGAAUGGUCGGCGAUCUCAACUUGUACGCUGACGUGCGGCAUGAACGGGCAACUGAUGCAGAGGCGUGAUUGCGUCUCUGACUCGUUUGGAUGUCCGUGCAAAGGAGCCUACUUCCGCAACGUCGCCUGCCCGGAUACAAUGUGUGUCUCCCCGGCUCCGACUUGUGCCAACGGGUACGCAAAGAAACUCGACGUCAUCGAAAAGGCCUACACCUGCCAAUCUACUACAAAUGUGACGGAACCGGUUGCCGAUCCUGAUUUCACAUGUGCCACGACCGAGACCGUGGAGUGUCCACGGAUUCCCGACGGAGGUAUAUGGUCACCCUGGGCGAAUAGUGGAGCUGCAUGUAAUGAUACUUGUGGAAGGAAAGGAAUGAUAGCACAAGCUCGCACUUGCCUCACUUCAAAUGUAGUUCCAUGCACUGGCGACAGCACCCGAUCGACUCGUUGCCCAUUGAAGCCGUGCGCGGAUAAAAGUUGCUUCCAAAACACGCCUAUUGUGAACUUCACUAUCAAUGGAGUCGUCAGUCAACGUUGCGGCUUGACAACACCGGAAAGAGCCACGUCGUACCCGGCUGCUUGUAACAAGGCGACUACUACUACCACCACAACUACCACCACUACCACCACUACAACUACUACGACGACUACCACAACGACCACCACAACUACCACGACCACCACAGAAUGCUCAGGCCGGUGCAGCUUCGAAACCCUCAACCUGAUGUCGCUGCAAUACGACAAUUUCUAUGGCGGAGCGCCGGGACCGGCCGGGCACUUGUUGCUGCAUACAAACGUCGGACCCAACAGCUCUGCACUGAACCUAAUCUGCCAGACCGAUCCGGACGUUACUACUUCUUCUUUGGCUAGAAUUUGGCUUGUCCAGAACAACAGCCAGCACUCCGAGUACUGGAUUACGGUCUCAAAAUGCGGCGAGGUGUCGACACUUGACGAGUCGGUGGAAAUCACGUGUGAUGAUGAUGGGAAGUGGUACUACAAGACUGCCCAAUUCACGUCGAUCUACUGUGGUCAGUUACCGAAUUGGACUGGGGACGACGAGGCGGGCGCCUGCCCAGGCGCAAGCACGACAGCGGCUACGCCGGCUAGUACUAUGGUUCCCGCAAUAUGUGGAACAUGUCCGGAUCCAAAUGUCAGUGCCGGUGUCGCAUUCACGUCGAGCUACGAUGCGAACGGCUGUCGUGUGGCGACGUUUUCGGGUUGUGCCGCGUAUAAGACCACCGUCGGUAUUACUACGAUACCGAUCCCCGAAAAGGUGAUAUGCGCAAAUUCCAAUGGCUCCCCGAGAUGGUAUUCUGGCUCGCUUCUGAAUAACGCCGUCGUCAAGUGUGCCGCU